UGUAUCAGCUCGCACCUUUUUUUUUACUUGGGUUUUUUUUUGUAAUUCUUUACCAAGAAGCGGAAGUUUUGUUCUUUUUUCUUAGCAGUAAAACCGGAAGUGGUAUGGAUCCGGGUAUACAGCUGACAGCGGAUAAUCCGCAUCGGAAGGCCAACAUCUUAUCCCGACUCUGCUUUACAUGGAUGAUAGGUCUCUUCAGGAAAGGCGUCAAAUAUGGACUCAAAGUAUCGGAUUUGUACAAAACUUUGGACAGGGAUAAGUCGGAUAUGCUUGGAGAUAAAUUGGAGUUGAAUUGGAUGAACGAAAUCGCGCGAGCGAAGAAGAAAAACGAAGACCCCAGUUUGGUGAAUGCAAUCUCCAAAACGUUCUUGGGUCACUACAUGAUGUAUGGUAUCCUCCUCUUCGUCCAGUUCGUCGUCUUAAGGUCUUUCCAACCAGUCGUUCUUGGUUACCUGAUCAGCCUGUUCGCUCCGAAUAUUGAAGACGAUGGAGACAAUCAAACGAAAAUGUACAUUUCCGGUGCAGUUCUCGUCUUGAUUUCGUUGGUCGUAAUCUUCUUCAAUCAUCAUUGCAACUUCGGGCAAUCCGCAAUCGGUAUGAGAGUGCGAAUCGCCGUUUCUUCAUUGGUUUACAGAAAAUUGUUGAAGCUCAGCAAGAAGUCGUUGGGUCAAACUGCAGCCGGUCAAGUGGUCAAUUUGCUUUCGAACGAUGUGAGCCGUUUCGAUUACGUGUCCAUAGCUCUUCAUUACAUCUGGAUCGCUCCUUUCCAAGUGGCUGUGGUCGCUUAUUUCAUUUGGGAACAGGUUGGAAUCUCUUGCCUCUCUGGUAUUCUCGCUAUGAUUCUUCUAACUCUACCAGUUCAAGGUUAUUUGGGUAAACUUACCUCAAGCGUGAGAUCGAAAAUUGCUGUGCGCACGGACAACAGGGUUCGCUUGAUGAACGAAAUUAUUUCCGGUAUUCAGGUGAUCAAGAUGUACGCAUGGGAGAAGCCGUUCCAGAAGAUGGUCAGGGCAAUCAGGGCCAGUGAAAUUAAGGUGUUGACCACAUCUGCUUACCUCAGAGGAAUCUUCUUGAGUUGCAUGGUUUUCAUCGAACGCACCACACUCUACUUAACAGUCAUCACCUACGUUCUAUUAGACAACGUGAUCACAGCCGACAAAGUAUUUUCUAUGUCUCAAUUCUUCAAUCUGCUGCAAUUAGCUUUAGCCAUCUUCUUGCCAAUGGCCAUUUCGUUUGGUGCCGAAACUGUGGUCUCCAUCAGGCGUCUGCAGACUUUCUUGGUGAUGGAAGAGAAAGCUUUAUCGAACAUCGAUAGAACCAGCAAGGAUAAAAUCAAUUUAACCAAUGUUAACGCGUCUUGGACAUCCGAAAAAGAGCAUCUCACAUUGAACGGACUCAAUUUGACAAUUCCUGCUGGUAAAUUGUGCGCUAUCGUCGGCCCCGUUGGAUCCGGAAAGAGUUCCAUCCUGCAGCUGCUGCUUGGAGAGCUCCCGACGAUGAACGGUCAAGUCUCUUUGUGCGGAGACAUCAGUUACUCUUCGCAGGAACCAUGGCUCUUCGUGUCGAACGUCAGGAACAACAUACUGUUCGGGCAAGAGUACAACAAAGAACUUUACAAGAAGGUCACCAAAGUGUGCGCUUUGCUUCCGGAUUUCGAUCAAUUCCCCCAAAGAGAUAAAACGAUGGUCGGAGAAAGAGGUGUCUCUCUGAGUGGAGGUCAAAGAGCUAGGAUCAAUUUGGCGCGUGCCGUCUACAGAAGUGCGGACAUCUACCUCAUGGACGAUCCUCUAUCCGCUGUCGACACCCACGUCGGAAAACACUUGUUCGAAGAGUGCAUCGUUAAUUACUUGAAAGGCAAAACGAGGAUCCUGGUAACGCAUCAAUUGCAAUACCUGAAGAAAGCUGACAUUAUUGUGGUCAUGAACGAGGGAAAGAUCGAAGCCCAGGGAACAUUCGAAGAACUUUCGAAGAGCGAUUUCAGUUUCACUAAAAUGAUGGUAGCAGCCGACGAGACGUCCGAGAAGAAACAGCAGGAAGCCGAAAAACCCAAGCAAUUGCAAAGAAACGAAUCCACAAAAUCGAUCAAGAGUAUUAAAUCCAUCGCCGAUGAAGAUAUGCCUGAAAAAGACGAAGAAGAAAUUGGUUUAGCUGGAAAAUCCGCGACGAAGGAGUACUUGAAAGCAGCAGGAAACUGUUGCACCUUGUUCAUGGUGGCUUUAGUCAUUAUCCUCGGACAAGUAUCUUGCAGUGGAGCCGAUUAUUGGGUCAGCUUUUGGACUGAACACGAACAGAUCAAGCACAAAGAUGAUCCAAUUAUAACAGUUUUCGGUCCAACUGUGAUCGAGAGAUUCGUGGACUACGUUAGCCACAAAUCAAGAGAAAUGUUCAACUCCGAUUCACCAUUGAAGCACGGUGCCAUCUACUAUACCUACGAUGUGGUCAACAAGUCUUCAAGUGCCGAGAGAAAAGUGGAUUGGGACGAAAUUUUCGGAACGCCAAUGGACACAUACGCUGCAAUUUACGUUUACACCGCCAUAAUCGUUGCCAUCAUCAUCUUAACACUGGUCAGAUCAUUCGCCUUCUUCAAGAUUACUAUGAUAGCAUCGGAAAAUCUUCACUCGAUGAUGUUCAAUUCACUGCUGCAAGCACCGAUGAGAUUCUUCGAUACCAAUCCGAGCGGCAGAGUUCUGAAUAGGUUUUCCAAAGAUAUGGGAGCCGUCGAUGAACUUUUGCCUAGGGUGACAAUGGAAGCUAUGCAGAUCAUGUUGGUGAUGGUUGGUAUCCUCGUUAUGAUUGCAAUUUCUAACUAUUACAUGAUUAUUGCCAUGGUUGUCUUCAUAAUUCUCUUCAUUUUCUUAAGAAAAUGGUACUUGACCACAGUAAAAGUAAUCAAGCAUUUAGAAGGAAUAACCAAAAGUCCUGUCUUUUCGCAUUUAAAUUCCUCUUUGAAUGGUAUCACCACGAUCAGAGCGUCUCACGCCGAAAAGGGACUGAUAAAGGAAUUCGAUCAUCAUCAGGAUGCGCAUACGUCUGCUUGGUUCUUGACCAUCGCGUGCACAAGUUCCUUCGGUUUAUGGAUCGACAUGGUUUGCGUCAUUUUCACUGCGGUUGUAACGUUCAGCUUCAUUUUCCUGAAUUUAUCUGGAGACGUUAGCGGAAGUAUGGUCGGCUUAGCCAUUUCGCAAUCGCUGAUUUUGACUGGUAUGUUGCAACACGGAAUGAGACAAACCGCUGAAGUCGUCAAUCAAAUGGCCAGUGUUGAACGUGUCUUGCAUUACACCACUCUCGAUAUGGAAGGACCUUUCAUUGCCCCUAAAGAUGAACUUGUCCCGAAGGAAUGGCCAUCAACUGGAGACUUGAAAUUCAAGCACAUGUCGAUGAAGUACACCCCGCACGAUCCACCGGUUUUGAAAGAUUUGCACUUGGAUAUAUCUUCAGGAGAAAAGAUUGGUAUCGUGGGUAGAACUGGUGCUGGAAAAUCAUCGCUCAUUUCCGCUCUGUUCCGUUUGGCUCCGUUGGAAGGAACGAUCGUGGUCGAUGAAUUGGAAACUCAUACAUUGGGCUUGACCACUCUCAGACAGAAGAUCGCUAUCAUUCCGCAAGAACCGGUCCUGUUCUCUGCAACUUUGCGCUACAAUCUAGAUCCAUUCAAUCAAUUCACCGAUGACGCUCUUUGGUUCGCUUUGGAUGAAGUCGAGUUGAAGGAAUCCGUCCCCAGUUUGGAUUUCAUCGUCGACGAAGGUGGCGCAAACUUCAGUUUGGGUCAAAGGCAACUCGUGUGCUUAGCUCGUGCCAUCCUCAGAAACAAUAAGAUCUUGGUCCUCGACGAAGCAACAGCUAACGUCGAUCCUGGAACCGAUGCUUUGAUUCAAACAACGAUCAGGAAGAAGUUCGCCAAUUGCACCGUUCUAACCAUCGCCCAUCGUUUGAACACCAUCAUGGAUUCCGAUAAGGUCUUGGUGAUGGAUGCUGGUAGAAUGAUAGAAUUCGAACAUCCGCAUCUGCUGCUCCAGAAACCGGAAGGACACUUCACGAAAAUGGUGGAGCAAACUGGUCCAACCAUGACCAAGACAUUGCGCGAGGUCGCAUUGGACGCUUACAACAAAACUCAUCCCAAUGUAGCUGUUCCGUCAUAAUUAUUUAAUGCGAAACUUUCAUUUUGUACAUAAUUUAAUUUAAGUUAUUCACUGACAAAAACACAUAUGUAUUUAGAUUAGUAACAAAUUUAGUAUUAUAUUGAUUGAAUUCCAUCAUUCAACAACGUUCAGUACAAGAGAAAAUAUUUAUCAACCAAGUUUCUAGAAAUAUAUAA